GAACAUCCAAAAUGGAAAGAUUCGCUGAACAGCCCCCAAUGGGACCACACUUUGCUGCCCUCGGCAAUGGAUCGGUAACAGAUAAGGUAACACCCGAUAUGGCUCAUCUAAUCCAUCCCUAUUGGAAUCAAUUUCCCGCCAUGGAUCCCAUCUGGAGUAAAAUUCUAGCUGCCUACCUCUUGACCAUCGGUAUUCUGGCAUGGAUCGGUAACGGUACUGUUAUCUACAUUUUUGGCACAACAAAAUCUCUGCGUACACCGGCCAAUUUAUUGGUCAUCAAUUUGGCACUUUCCGAUUUUGGCAUGAUGAUUCUUAAUACCCCUAUUAUGGGUAUUAAUUUAUAUUUUGAGACCUGGGUCUGGGGGCCAUUGAUGUGUGAUGUAUAUGCUGGAUUGGGUUCAGCAUUCGGUUGCAGUUCAAUAUGGUCCAUGUGCAUGGUUGCCUUGGAUCGUUACAAUGUCAUUGUAAAGGGUAUGGCCGGUCAACCGAUGACAGUGAAAUUGGCCAUAUUUAAGAUUAUUUUCAUUUGGCUAAUGGCCAGCAUAUGGACAUUUGCACCAGUUUUGGGAUGGAGCCGUUAUGUGCCCGAGGGCAAUCUAACUUCUUGCGGUAUUGAUUAUUUGGAACGUGACUGGAAUCCACGUACCUAUUUGAUCUUCUAUACCAUCUUUGUCUAUUAUGUGCCAUUGUUCUUGAUCUGCUAUUCUUAUUGGUUCAUCAUUGCUGCUGUAUCUGCUCACGAGAAAGCCAUGCGCGAACAAGCCAAGAAAAUGAAUGUCAAAUCUCUCCGUUCCUCUGAGGAUGCUGAUAAGUCUGCUGAGGGCAAAUUGGCUAAAGUUGCCUUGGUCACCAUUUCCCUGUGGUUCAUGGCCUGGACCCCAUAUCAAGUCAUCAACACCUUGGGUCUAUUCAAAUAUGAAGGUUUGACCCCACUGAACACCAUCUGGGGUGCCUGCUUUGCCAAAUCGGCCACUGUCUACAAUCCAAUUGUAUAUGCUACUAGCCAUCCUAAAUAUCGCAUUGCCUUGAAAGAGAAAUGCCCAUGCUGUGUCUGCGGCAAUGUUGAUGAUGGCAAAUCGGGCAGUGAUGCCACAUCUCAGGCCACUGAAUCCGAAUCCAAGGCAUAAAUUUCCAAUCGCACGGAAUAACUACUACGGCUUCCUUCGACCACGAUCUCCACGAUUAAUAAAUUAAUUAACUAACCACCAACCACCUCUCUGUAUAAGACACAACAAUAACAAU